UCAUCACCAUCGUCAUCACCACCACCACCACCACCGUCAUCUGCCGGCAGCCCAGUCCAGACCGUCAGUCAAUCUACCACAACUCACCACAACACUACAUACACUCAUACUGGGACACUACAUCCACCUCAUGCUACACCCUCUUCCCACUCCCGCCACUCUUCUCCUGCUUCUGAUAGGCUUCCGACUGCUCAACGCCCUUAGUAUUCGCACUUUCUUCCAGCCUGACGAGUACUACCAAUCCCUCGAGCCGGCCUGGGAAUUGGCCUUUGGUCAUGGCUCCGGCGCCUGGAUUACCUGGGAAUGGUCGUGCCGCCUUCGUUCCUCCAUCCACCCCUCCAUCUUUGCUGCAGUCUACCGUCUGACUGCUUCUCUCUCCACGGCUACUGGCAUUCGCCCUGUUGCUUUUCGCGCCGAACUCUUGCUUGCAGCUCCGAAACUUCUGCAAGCCCUCAUCGCUGCCAUUGGUGAUUUCUACACCUGGCAGCUGGCAAACACAGUAUACGGGUUCCAGACUUCUGUCUCCACUACCGCGCUUCUUCUGUCCAUCAUCAGCCCGUGGCAAUGGUUUUGCUCAACCCGGACCUUGUCCAAUUGCCUGGAGACUACCCUCACCACAAUCGCCCUGUCUCUGUGGCCCUGGCAGCGCUGCUUCACUCCUGACCAUCCUGUCGGCUCCAACUUGUUACACAACCAUGGUAACCUGUCCAGGAUACGAGGGGCGCUCGUCCUAGCGGCUGUCGCGUGUGUCCUGCGUCCAACCAACGUGCUCAUCUGGUUAUCUGUCGCUGCUGCCACCCUCGUCCAGGCCUCGAGCACCGACAGCCUUGUCCUCAUUCGAGAGAGCUUCUUAUGUGGGUCGACUGUCCUGGCCUUUUCUGCCGUGUCUGACCGACUGUACUACGGCGUAUGGACCCUGCCUGCCGUGCGCUUCCUUCACUUCAACCUCGCUCAAAACCUCGCCGUCUUCUAUGGCAAAAACAGAUCCGAUUACUAUCUCACUGAAGGUCUGCCACUACUUCUCACCACCGCCCUGCCAUUCGCCAUCGUAGGUCUAUAUUGGGCUCUUAGAUCUCAGCCCUACGCGGCAAUUCCUCCUGCAUCCACUCCAAAGAACAAGCAUGUCGUCCCAGCACAAGCGACAGGCGCGGUCAACGCUGAGGCCCAGUCGCACGCCCAACCAGCCCUCACAACACUGGCAUACACCGUACUCAUCGUCACCUUUGUCAUGAGCAUGAUCCGACACAAAGAAGUCCGCUUCCUCUACCCUCUCCUACCCGCUCUCCACAUCCUAGCCGCCCAGCCCUUCCACGCGUUCUUCUUCCACGCUUCACCCCUGCCCAAUACCCGCAGACUCGCUCUGUUCGCACUGCUAUCCUUCAACAUCGCCCUCGCCCUCUACACAUCCCAGGUCCAUCAACGCGGCGUCGUGGACGUCCUCACCUACCUACGCGCUCGCCAGGAAUCCCCCAUCUACGCAAGACCUAGACUCGCCGCAGAUGCAGACCCACCACCAUCACCACCCUUCCCUUUCACAACUGCCUCCCACGACCCCCUGACCGUCGCCUUCCUGAUGCCGUGCCACUCCACCCCAUGGCGCAGCCACCUCAUCCACGCGGCAACAAGCGCCUGGGCACUGUCAUGCGAGCCGCCCCUCGACGUGCCGCUGCAUGACCGCGCCGGCUACCUCGACGAAGCAGACCAGUUCUACGCCGAUCCGCCGCGCUGGCUAGCCGCCAACAUGCGCCGCCCCGUAGGCGGACGGCUGUAUGCAACUGACAGCAGCAGCAGCAGUAGCAGCAGCAGCACCAGCACCAGCAACGCAGAUAAAAGGGGUUUACCGGCGGCGAUGGGGCCCGGGGCGUGGACUGGCCGGUACGCGUGGCCCGAAUGCAUUGUAAUGUUUGAUAUCUUGCUUGCGGAUGUAGGGGGCGUGUUGGGCGCGAAGGGCUAUGGUGAGGUGUGGAGGGGGUUUAAUAGUCAUUGGCAUGACGACUGGCGGAGGCGGGGCGAUGUCGUUGUUUGGUGUCGGGCGGAGGAGCGGGGUGAUGGUGGUGGUGGUGGUGGUGGUCCGGGCGGGAGUGUAGGUGAGACGUGAGAUGUGAUCUGGAAG